AUGCCCAAACAAACUCGCACCCCGGGACAACCCCUCCAAGAACGUCCGCACCUCGACUCCCACGUCCAACAAACCCUCAACCGCGCCCUCUUCCGCGAACCCACGCUCGCUCGUCGCCAAAAACAAGCACAGCUGCAGCGCAGAGGAACCCUCGCCCAGAGAGCCGUUCAAAGACCCCAUGUAAGUAUCUUCACCGAAUCCGAUUCUGACAUCUUUCCUUUAGUGCAUACUCCUUCCUUUACCGUUUCGCCCGAAGAUGCAUUUGCUGUUCGUGGGAGCGGGGUUGGUUCGCCCGUUUCGCCUUUGACUCCUGAGGCUCUGUCUCAGGAACAAACUCAAGAGCAAGCUCAAGAGCAAGCUCAAGAGCAAGCAAACUACACCCUCAAAAUCGAACCCGCGACUCCAGCCUCGGAACUCGAGCCCCGUGGUGCAGCGAUGUAUACGCAUUGGUAUUUUGAUCAUCAGGCGGCGAAUCACUAUGAUGAGAAACAUGUGAGUAUGAGUGAUAGGUCUGCGUUUACGAUGAUGAGUGGAGGGUUGGAGAGGAGGAGGAGGGGAGUGAGGGUGAGUGUUAAGAGGGUGAGGACGUGGAUUCAGGAGAAAGCGGAGAAGAAGGAGAGGGAAAGGGGAGAGAGGAGACGGGAGAAGAAAGGGGAGUUGGUGGUUAAAGAGAGGGUUUUGGGGUGUGAGGAGAAGGAGGGAUGUGAGGGGAAGGGGAUGAGAGGAAAGUUGGGCGCGGUCAUGAAGAGGGGGACGGAUAGGUUGAGGAAAUUGGUGCCUGGGAAAAAGAAGGAGAAGAAAGAGGAGUGGAGGGUUUUGGAUAGGAUUACGGGGUUUCAGACUAUUGAGUAA